AUGGGUGGACGGAUGUAUCAAAGAUCUGUCGCACUUAUCAUGCCUACUGCAAUGUCCUUGGAAUACUCUUCCUUAUACCACAAGGCAUCUGAUGCACCUUCACCAGACCUUUCGCUAGCUAAUCAACAUCGCCCUACUGCUCCUUAUCUUCGACCUUCCUCACCUCUAGAUUUAGAAGGACCGAAAGCAACUGAAACAUGUCUUGGUCUUCCGAUACUACAUCCUUUGGCGGAAGAGGCGUUGGCACUGCGACUGAGACUGCUGCUUACUAGUAAUACCACUAGUCACUACCAACUUGAUACCUUCGCUACAUCUGCAAUAUGA